CUUAGUUCCGCUGCGCUUGAAAAAAAAAUCCGUGUCUUUUCCUGGUGUAGUAAUUUACGGAUUUCGUCGUGAGUGGCGUAAAGACAACCGAAUACAGUCCGGAAAGGUUGCAGUGCACUACAGGAGAAAAUUUCUUUUCGUUGCACAGAUUGCUGCAUGAAUUAUUGGAAACAGCAUUUUCCAUUGCACUGAUUGGUGUAUGAAUUGCUGGAAACCGAGUUUACAUUUAUUUUAGCAAUUGCAGGUAUAUUGUUAAUCCAACGCGUUAGAAUGGCAGAAAUCGUGUACAUAAUUCAUUUUUCUAUUUCCAGAGAUCCGUCACAAAUACUGUCCUGUGUUUUCAUCUCGCACAUUGUGCAUUGUGGAGAAAAUUUCAACGCAAACUUUUCUUUUCCCAUUGGUGAUCACGACAACGGUGAAGUUUCUACCCAGAGAAGAAAACAACGCUUUUUUCGUUACACAGAUUGGCGAGUGCAUUACAGUAAAUUGCAGAUAUCCGACACCCCCAGCAGGAUUGCUUGCAUUUUUUGAACUGUGUGAAUUGCAUGAGGCAAAAAUCCUGCACACCCCACGAAAUUUGUUUACAUUCCGCAACCGUAUAACGCGGUACACAUCACGUCUGGUGAGAGUUUUGCGAGCUUUAAUUCCGCCUUGAAAAUAUCGCAAAUGGAACAACUUCACAAAAAGUUAGACGAUAGGUCAUACGAAAAACUAACUGCGAACCUUAUAGACAACGUGUCCCUUUGGCAAUUGAAUGAAGAUGACUUGCUUGAAAUGGGUAUCAUCGAAAAAGGCCCUCGCAAAAUCAUUCUCAACGUUAUUGAACGACACUUUGAAAAUAUUGUUUCUGAAAAUGUGGCAGAAAACGGACAAAACCUAUUCAACGAGGAACAGCAAAGAGAGUCGAUACGCUCCAUCCUUGCUAAGGAACCUAAGUUUCUAAAGAUUUUAACUCGGCAGUUGGAUUGCGGGAUAGUCCCUGAACCGAAAAAAAUGCUCUAUAUGAACCGUAUACUCACAAAACAUUUCUUUGAACAUCAAAUUUUACGUGAAAAGAAGUAUCCUACUUGGCAGCAAAAACAAGAUCUUGCAAUCCAUAUCUUAGAUGAGUUUCCUCAGUUGGAGAACACUUGCGUCUCAGAAAACGCACCAAAGGAGUCUUACUUCUUUUGGAAAAACGGUGGUUUGGAUAGAGGACCACAUACGGGUUUAAUCGAAACGAGAGUAAGCAACAUGCGAAAGGACUUACUUCCCGAGGAUAGGCUAUUUCGGCGAACUAAGAAAACUGUUAUUAUUGUUGAGGAUGAAUUGGUGCAACUGGCUGCGCAUCUUGCCGCCCUUAUCCCAACAGCUACAAACGCUCGGCAAGUAGCGGAGGGAAUGGCUCAGGUGCAUAGUUUGCAUAAAGCACUUCUACAGGAAAAUAACUUUCAUAUUAUAGUAAAAACAUUUCCUCAUUUAUUGGCGUAUGAAGGUGAAAUGAUUAUACAGGCAUUUGAUCGUAUCCAGACGAAUAUUCACGCUCUUGGAGAUUUGCAAACACUACUCCGUGCAGGAUUGUUAUUCGACAAUGCUAGCUGGAGUAUGGUAGAAGAUGAUUUUGUCAGAGGAGCAUUGAGGCUGAUUAAAAAACUGUCAAAUAGAGGCAUCAAACGUACCACCGUUCUCGAAAAUGCUAGUAUGGAAGAGAUAGCAGCUGCGCCCUUGAUAAGAUGGAAAAGCUACGUGCGUACCGAGAUCGGUUUUGACGAAAAACUCGCUGUGCAACAAUCAUCUGCAACAAUAAUUGAACCACACAUAAUUUGCAUUGCUGAUCGCUAUAAGAGAGGUAACAUGUACGUUGUUUUUAACCAAAACGUCAUUCCGUGCGGUAAUUCUAGCACACGGGCCAUCGAAAUUUUAUUCAAAGCAUUUGUCGUUUUUGGGUUGCCGGUACCCGUGUUGCUUCGAAAAGUGGAUGACCUAAUUUCCGUUAACGUCUGGGGAACAAAAGAUUACAGCAAGUGUAAAGCUGUUACAGACUUAACUGUACGAUACAAAGAGUUUUUGGCGAAUUCACUAUCCAAAUAAUAUCUUGUAACAAUUCUUAAU